ACGAGGCCCCUGCCACUAUGGCUUCUCGUGGGGUUGUUGGCGUUUUCCUCCUCUCUGCUCUCCCCCUCUUGUGGCUGGAGCUCCAGCGUGGGAUUCCACAUCUGGGAAUCAAAGAUCUAAUUGUGCUGUGUGGCCGGAUUUUCUUACUGCUUGCUCUCCUUACAUUAAUUAUUUCUGUGACUACGUCAUGGGUUAACUCAUUUAAAUCUUCCCAAGUUUAUCUGAAAGAAGAAGAGAAGAAUGAGAAAAGGCAAAAACUUGUGAGGAAAAAGCAGCAAGAGGCACAGAGUGAAAAGGUCAGCAGCUACAUAGAGAAUGUUCUAAAACCACACCGGGAAAUGAAAUUGAAAAAGCUUGAAGAACGCUUUUAUCAGAUGACGGGUGAAACUUGGAAGUUAAGCAAUGGUCAUAAACUUGGGGGUGAUGAAGAUUUGGGGCUUGAAAGUGAGAGUCAGACAUCUGAAACAUCAAACAGAGAAGCAGCAAAGAGACGGAAUUUGCCUAAGCCGUUAACCAGAGCUUCACCACCCGCUGAACAGCCCACACAGAAGAAGGUUCUUAAUUUACCUGAAGAACCUCCUGAAACAGCUGAAGAAGUUGUGACCGUUGCUUUCCGAUGUCCAAGUGGGCGUGUCCUGAGGAGAAGGUUUUUUAAGUCUUGCAGUUCACAGGUCUUGUUUGACUGGAUGAUGAAAAUUGGGUACCACACAUCCCUAUACAGCCUUUCCACUUCUUUUCCCAGAAGGCCUCUGGAAGUGGAGAGAGGCUGGUCACUGCAGGACAUAGGAAUAACCGUGGAUACUGUACUCAACGUGGAAGAGAAAGAAAGAGAAAGUUCUUAACAUCUAGUUAAGAACUGUGAACUACCUGUCCUGCAUGCAAUCAGUUGUGCCUGUGCGACCUUACAGGACAAUAAAGGAUUCACAUUAAAAUUGUGCCAUACCUUGAACUCAAGGCAGUGAACACAUUAAUUUUAGUCUCCAUGGAAACCCAUGGACAUAAAGUAUUAGAAAAGGAUAGCUCUCCACAUAGAAUUUUGGGAGUGUGCCACCUUACAGUGUACCAGAUGAGAACAAGAGGUAGAACUAUAUACUGUAAGGUGGUCGUUAAUUUGUAUUUUUCCUAGCCGAUGGCACUUGUCAGUUUCUGCCUCUUCAGUCUAUCUUUGCCACACUGAACAUGUCACAGUUCAGCCAAACUCUGAAGCCUUCUCAGUGGAAAUGUUUAUUCUGCUGUAUUUCUAGAAAUUAAACUUUGAAGACGUUUCAAAGCUCUUUCAAGGCUUUAAAGUUCAUUUUGAUAGUAAACGUUGUAUGUACUA